GGAGGUUGUUAAACAUGAAGGGCUGCACCAACUGCAUUUUGGCCUCAGCUCUCUUUGAUCCGUGGGAGGAUGUUGCGGUCUCUCUAGCUUCGCCUCGUGUGUCACAUCUCUACCUGCGAGAGUGUUUGUUUGUUUAAUUUCUGGUUUCAGAACUUGGGCUCUGUACUUUUCAAAUGGUGAAAUGCUCUUGUCGUGGUUGAAUGAAUAAGGAAGGGAUAGGGCGCGAAGGGGAGGCGAAGGAGGCAAUUGGAGUGGAUUUUCGACAAGAGGAGAUGGUUGCAUGGCGCUUCGGUGAGAGCAUUCGUAGAUACACAUACUUCGAUUGAUGAUUCGCGUGUAAUUGGGAUAAAAACUGGUAGGCUGGUUGGAAAAGAGGAUAGAUUGGAUAUUUGAAUUGUACGUAUAUAGAGCGGGGGAUUGUGAAGAAGGGGGCGAGGACGCGUAAUUGAAUGGAGUGGGGUUUGGAGACGAAGUUAACGAUGGCACCGAAUUGGGCUGCCGUGUGGAGAAUUCUCGUAAUUCUUGUGAUGCUGGCCGCUGUGAGUGCCGCGUGUAUGCUCCUCCCUGUCGAGCAGAUGCUGAGAGAAUUUAUUAUAUGGGUUCAAAAAGAUGUUGGCCCUUGGGGUCCCUUGAUGCUAGCUUUGGCUUACAUCCCGUGCACAGUUUUUGCCGUUCCAGCUUCUAUACUUACGCUUGGAGGUGGAUACCUGUUUGGCCUAUUUGUCGGGUUUAUCACGGACUCCAUCGGCUCCACACUCGGUGCUAUAGCGGCGUUUCUCGUAGGAAGAACAGUUGGAAGAUCAUACGUAACUUCGAAGCUCAAGGAUUACCCCCAAUUUCAGGCCAUUGCGAUAGCAAUUGAGAGAUCAGGCUUUAAGAUUGUCCUACUAUUGCGCAUGGUUCCCCUUCUGCCGUUCAACGUUUUGAACUAUCUACUUUCUGUCACGCCCAUGAGCGUCUACACCUACUCGCUUGCGUCAUGGAUUGGAAUGAUGCCUUUGACUCUGAUAUUUGUGUAUGUCGGGACAACAAUCAAAGAUAUUACUGAUAUCAACCAUGGGGGCCACUUUACUCCAGGUCGUUGGCUCAUGAUCUGUGCUGGCUUGGGAACAAGUGUUGUAGUUGUGAUUCUGGUGACUCGAAUAGCAAAAGAUGCUCUUCAAAGAGCGGUAGAAGAGGCCGAUGUCAAAGUGGAUGAAAUAAUCGUUGCCUCCGAUCCCUUGAUCGCAGCAGAUCCUUUCAUGGAGCUACAGCAACCACUCGUGGUAAGAAUUGACAACAAGGACAAGAAUACACCUGAUAACUCACCGGAACACCAGCCGUCUGUGUAAUAGAUUGUAAUACGUAGGAUGUUGUUAUAGUGACGAGGAACGACCCCUUGUAAGAUACAGACAAAAUGCUAGAUUAUGUAUAUGGGGUUUGUUUGACAAAUCAGUUUGAAACACAUUGCUCUGUAUAUUGACACAUAGUGAACUUUAGCUAUCUAGUUUCAAGUAGGUGUUGGGUUGUAGUCAGUGUUACUUGACUCUCGAGCCAACUUGAAGUUUUCAGUUCGAUGCUUUCACAGAUGAAAUAACUCUGUGCCAUUCUUUUAGCAAAAUGCUUUUUGCUCGAUACGAAACCAGCGAUGAGGAAUCCCCAGUUUGAUCAUGGGCCACAAUAGUGAAUGAAAGUGGCCCUCAUCUUUCAUCUCAAAAGAAGGGAAUGAAUUAAAAGAUCUCGAAGACCAAAAAAGUGGUCGAAGGGAUUUCUCUUCUUAUCGAUGGUCUCUUAGCAACCAUUUGCCGUUAACAAUGUCUUGAGAGAGUGGCGGACGAAAUCUUUGAUUUGCUUCGUGUUCACGGACACUG